AUGUGUGUCGUCGAGAGCGUUGACUUGCACGCCUUCGGCACCGAGCUGCCAGCCAUGUUUGACGGCAUGAAGUUGGCUGCGGUGGCUGCGGUCCUCUACAUCGUCGUCCGCUGGUUAAACCUAAAGAGUUCCACAGCUCCACCGGGGAUCAGCUUCCAGGACUCGCCGCUCAGUCGCUACCUGCUCAAGUCCUGCCCCAUGCUGACCAAAGAAUACGUUCCUCCUCUGCUGUGGGGGAAGAGUGGUCAUCUCCAGACUAUUCUGUAUGGCAAGAUGGGGCGUGUCAACACUCCAACACCCUGCGGGCUUCGCAAAUUCCUCCCAAUGCAGGACGGAGCCACAGCAAGCUUUGACCUCUUUGAAGCUCUCGGAGAGCACAGCACAGCAGAUGACAUUACCAUGGUAAUCUGCCCUGGGAUUGGUAACCAUAGCGAGCAGAACUACAUUCGGACCUUUGUGGAUUACUCCCAGCGGCAUGGUUACCGCUGUGCCGUCCUUAAUCACCUGGGAGCUUUGCCUAACGUGGAGCUCACCUCGCCGCGCAUGUUCACCUAUGGUUGCACUUGGGAGUUUGGGGCCAUGGUGGACUACAUCAAACGAGCUUUCCCCCAGACUCUGCUGGUGGUGGUGGGCUUCAGUCUGGGAGGAAACAUUGUCUGUAAGUUCCUCGGAGAAAAGAGAUCCAACCAGGACCGAGUGCUGUGCUGUGUUAGCGUCUGCCAGGGAUACUGCGCGCUCAGUGCCCAGGAAACAUUCCUUCAGUGGGACCAGUGUCGACGGCUUUACAACUUUGCACUGGCAGCCAAAAUGAAGAGGCUCAUUCUAUCACAUAGAAGCAGUUUGUUGGGCUUGGCGUCCAGCAGCAUUGAUGACGCAGACUUUAACAAACUGUGUGCAGCCACGUCUCUGGAGCAGAUCGACGACAGCAUAAUGAGGAAAUUUCACGGCUAUAGCACCUUGAGGGAGUUCUAUGAGAAAGAGAGCUGCGUGCACUACAUUCACAACGUGUCUGUCCCUCUCCUCCUGGUAAACUCUUUAGAUGAUCCACUUGUUCAUCAGGCUCUUCUGGAUAUUCCACGCAGACUUGCAGAUAAGAUGUCCAACGUAAUGUUUGUCCUGACCCAGCACGGAGGACACAUGGGCUUCUUUGAAGGAGACGUGCUUUUCCCGCAGCCCCUCACUUGGAUGGACAAGGCCAUCGUGGAGUACGCUAACGCCAUUUGCCAGUGGGAGAAGAAGGGCAGGUCAGCCAGACGAGGAGUAACGAGGAAAUGA